UACCUUUUUAUUAUUAAUUUUUAUUGUUUUAGGUUUUCGGUGGGAGUUUUCGCUGGGAUACAAUAGAGGGGGAAGGGCUUAAGUCGAAAGGGCGUUCCCACCACGCGUAGCGUAGCUUCUCCUUGUCUUCUUCGGAUCCACCCUCUCUUCAACUGUUUGCGUGUAGUAUCAACUUAAAUUAAAAAAAGAGAAGAGGGAGAGAUGGCAGAUCGAUUGACGCGUAUAGCCAUAGUAACCUCUGAUAGAUGCAAGCCUAAGAAGUGCCGUCAAGAGUGCAAGAAGAGCUGCCCCGUUGUUAAAACUGGGAAACUGUGUAUAGAGGUGACUCCUAUUUCGAAGAUAGCUUUUAUUUCGGAGGAGUUGUGCAUUGGAUGUGGUAUCUGUGUCAAGAAAUGCCCAUUUGAAGCAAUUCAGAUCAUUAACUUGCCUAAGGAUUUGGAUAAAGACACUACCCAUCGUUAUGGCCCCAAUACCUUUAAGUUGCACAGGCUACCAGUUCCGAGGCCUGGGCAAGUUCUUGGCUUGGUUGGAACAAACGGCAUUGGCAAGUCCACUGCUCUCAAAGUUCUAGCUGGAAAACUGAAACCUAAUUUGGGUCGUUUCAAUAACCCUCCUGAUUGGCAGGAAAUUCUGACUUACUUUCGAGGAUCUGAGCUUCAGAAUUACUUUACCCGUAUCCUAGAGGAUAAUUUGAAGGCCAUCAUAAAGCCUCAAUACGUUGACCACAUUCCAAGAGCAGUUCAAGGCAAUGUUGGGCAAGUGCUUGACCAAAAAGAUGAGAGCCACAGGAAGGCAGAACUUUGUCGUGAUCUUGAUCUGAACCAGGUUAUAGAUCGUAAUGUGGGGGAUUUAUCAGGUGGAGAGCUCCAAAGAUUUGCUAUUGCUGUUGUUGCAAUACAGAAUGCAGAGAUAUAUAUGUUUGAUGAACCUUCAAGUUAUCUUGAUGUCAAGCAGAGGCUUAAAGCUGCCCAAGUUAUCCGAUCUUUGCUCAGGGCCAACAGCUAUGUUAUUGUGGUGGAGCAUGAUCUUAGUGUCCUGGAUUAUUUAUCUGACUUCAUUUGCUGCUUGUACGGGAAACCGGGUGCGUAUGGAGUAGUAACCCUUCCCUUUUCUGUGAGAGAAGGUAUCAAUAUAUUUUUGUCUGGGUUUGUUCCUACAGAAAACCUACGAUUCCGGGAUGAAUCUUUAACCUUCAAGGUUGCUGAGACUCCACAGGAUAAUGCUGAGGAGAUUCAAACAUAUGCACGAUACAAAUACCCAACCAUGAGUAAAACUCAGGGCAAUUUCAAGCUUAGUGUCGUUGAGGGUGAAUUUACUGACUCUCAGAUUGUAGUAAUGCUUGGUGAGAAUGGGACAGGGAAGACAACAUUUAUCCGCAUGCUGGCUGGUUUGCUGAAACCUGAUACUAUAGAAGAUUCUGAAUCUGAGAUACCUGAGUUCAAUGUUUCUUACAAACCCCAGAAGAUAAGCCCCAAGUUUCAACACAGUGUCAGACAGUUACUGCAUUCAAAGAUACGUGAUUCGUAUAUGCAUCCUCAGUUUGUUUCAGAUGUCAUGAAACCACUUCUUAUUGAGCAACUGAUGGAUCAAGAAGUUGUAAAUCUAUCUGGUGGAGAGUUGCAAAGAGUUGCAUUAUGUCUAUGCCUUGGAAAGCCAGCAGACAUUUAUUUGAUAGAUGAACCAAGUGCGUAUCUUGAUUCUGAGCAGCGUAUUGUUGCUUCAAAAGUCAUCAAGAGGUUUAUCCUACAUGCAAAGAAGACUGCAUUUGUGGUGGAGCAUGAUUUUAUAAUGGCAACAUACCUGGCUGAUAGAGUUAUUGUGUACGAGGGACAGCCUUCUGUGGAUUGCACAGCAAAUUCUCCUCAGUCAUUGUUGACUGGGAUGAAUCUCUUCUUGUCUCAUCUGGAUAUCACAUUUAGACGAGACCCCACUAAUUUCCGGCCAAGAAUCAACAAAUUGGACUCGACCAAGGACAGGGAGCAGAAAACUGCCGGGUCAUAUUAUUACCUGGAUGAUUGAUGUAACAAUUGACACAGGCAUCGCACGGAUUAAUUUAUAAUCCUGGUCAAGGUGGCACCGAUUUGAUUAAAUUUUCUAUCCCAGUCAAGUCAAUGUGCUAUGCUGACAAAUGACUGGAUUUCCUCUGCCUGCUAAGAGGCCAUGGUUUCUCUUUUCGCCUAAAUGAGUCUGUGGCUGCUCAUGAUGAUGCUUUAUGAUAUUUUCUCCUGUGUCGAGUUUUUUGUUCUCCAGUUUUUGUUUUCAUGACAUUAGGUGAGUGAAUCAUAAUGAUAACCGAAUCCUUUUUGGGCAUUUGCAGCUUCAAGUUGUAUUUUGAAUAGAAUUACUAUUAAUCAGAAGAAAUAACAAAAAAAAGGGGCAAACACUGAGCUAAUAGAGGUCCUAGCCUGUGUUUUGUA